AUGGAAGUGAAAGGCAGAGGAAUCACCUGCUUGCUGGUCUCCUCCGCUGUGAUCUGCCUGGUGGCCACCCCCGGAGGCCGGGCUUGUCCUCGUCGCUGUGCCUGUUAUGUGCCUACAGAGGUGCACUGCACAUUUCGGUACCUGACCUCCAUCCCAGACAGCAUCUCGCCUAAUGUGGAACGUAUCAACUUAGGGUACAAUAGCUUGGUCAAACUGACAGAAACAGAUUUUUCUGGCCUAAAUAAAUUGGAGUUACUGAUGCUGCACAGCAAUGGUAUUCACACAAUCCCAGCUAAGACCUUUUCGGAUUUGCAGGCCUUGCAGGUAUUAAAAAUGAGCUAUAACAAAGUUCGUAAACUUCAGAAGGACACGUUUUAUGGCCUCAGAAACUUGACACGGUUGCAUAUGGACCACAACAAUAUCGAGUUUAUAAACCCAGAGGUUUUUUAUGGGCUCACCUUUCUCCGACUGGUGCACUUGGAAGGAAAUCAGCUCACUAAACUGCAUCCAGAUACAUUUGUCUCUUUGCGCUACCUCCAGAUAUUUAAGAUAUCUUUCAUUAAGUACCUGUACUUGUCUGAUAACUUUCUGAGCACCCUCCCUCAAGAGAUGGUCUCGUAUAUGCCUGAUUUGGAAAGCCUUUAUCUUCAUGGGAACCCCUGGACCUGCGACUGUCAUUUAAAAUGGUUGUCUGACUGGAUACAAGAGAAGCCAGAUAUAAUAAAAUGCAAAAAAGACAGAAGUCCCUCAAGUCCUCAGCAAUGUCCACUUUGCAUGAACCCCAGGACCUAUGAAGGCAAGCCCUUAGCAAUGGUCCCAGCUGCAGGUUUCCUGUGUGUCAAGCCAACCAUUGACUCAUCUUUGAAACUGAAGAGCCUGACCAUUCUGGAAGACGGUGGUUCUGUAUCCAUCUCUCCCCAAGACUUCAUGGCACCCUUUGGCUCCCUCAUUUUGAAUAUGACAGACCAGUCUGGAAAUGAAGCUAACAUGGUCUGCAGUAUUCAAAAGCCUUCAAGUACAUCAUCCAUUGCAUUCACUGAAGAAAAUAAUGACUAUAUUGUGCUAAAUACAUCAUUUUCCACAUUUCUGAUGUGUAACAUAGAUUACGGUCACAUUCAGCCAGUGUGGCAAAUUCUGGCUUUGUACAGUGACUCUCCUCUGAUACUAGAAAGAAGCCACAUGCUCAGUAAAACACCACAACUUUGCUACAAAUAUAAACAGGUAGCUCCUAAGCCCGAAGACAUCUUUACCAACAUAGAGGCUGCUCUCAGAGCAGAUCCCCCUUGGUUAAUGCAAGACCGAAUUUCCUUACAGCUAAACAGAACUGUUACCACACUCAGUACAUUGCAGAUCCACUACUCCAGUGAUGCUCAAGUCACUUUACCAAGGGAAGAGAUAAGGCCAGUGAAACACAAAUGGACCAUGAUUUCCAGGGAUAAUAAUUCUAAGCUAGAACGUACUGUUUUGGUUGGUGGGACCAUUGACUUAGACUGCCCAGGCCAAGGAGACCCCAUCCCACAUUUGGAAUGGCUUCUAGCUGAUGGGAGUAAAGUGAGAGCUCCUUAUGUUAGUGAGGAUGGACGAAUAUUAAUAGACAAGAGUGGAAAACUGGAACUCCAGAUGGCUGAUAGUUUUGACACAGGUAUAUACCACUGCAUAAGUACCAAUUAUGAUGAUGCAGAUAUUCUCACCUAUAGGAUUACUGUGGUAGAGCCCUAUAUAGAAUCCUAUCACAAAAAUGGGGCUCAUCAUACCGUUUUUCUUGGUGAAACACUUGACCUUCCAUGCCAUUCUACUGGUAUCCCAGAUGCCUCUGUUAGCUGGGUCCUUCCAGGAAACACUGUGCUCUAUCAGUCCUCAAGAGAGAAGCAGAUUUUUAAUAAUGGCACACUAAGAAUAUUACAGGUCACCCAAAAAGACCAGGGUCAUUAUUGCUGUGUUGCAGCCAACCCACUGGGGGUCGACCUUUUGAUUAACCAAGUUUCAGUUGAAAUAAAAGGGCCAAGGCCAGUGGAGCAUAAUGUAGAAACAGAUGGAUCUGGACUUGAUGAGUCCAAUCCCACUGUUCACCUUAGGGACCCACCAGCUGCACAGCUCCCAACAUCUGUUCCAAUGGCAGGUGAGGCUGGAAAACAAGUCUCGAGCAUAAGUAAGAAGCAUAGCUAUCGGGAGUUAAUACACCGGCGGCAUGGAGAGUCAACAAAUCGACGUUUUAAGGAGCAUAGGAGGCAGUUCCCUUCCUCUGCUCGGAGGAUUGAUCCGCGACACUGGGCGGCACUUCUGGAGAAAGUUAAAAAGAAUACUAUGCCAGAGAAGCGAGAAAAUACUACAGCAAGGCCACCUCCACUUGUCACCCAACUCCUGAAAAUACCUGGUGAGGAGGUAGACUCUUCAGGCAUGUUCUCUCCAGAUGAGGAAUUUAUGGCCCUGGCAACAGAAGUUCCCAAUGUUCUGGCAAGGACAAUGACUGCCAGUUCCAGAAAAAGGUCUGAUAGCCCUGUGACAAGUAUAAUGUCUGGUAUCGAAGUCUCCCCAAUUAUGAGUCCACAAAUGCUACCACCUGAAAAGACAAUAGGUUUCAAACUAUCUACUACUACUAAAACUAUAGCCCAGUCAAAGUACUUAAACUCAACUACAUCAAGCAAAAUGCAAGGCACAAACAACCAAAAUUUAACCACUAUCUUUCCUCUGCUACCGGAAACAACUCAGUUUCAGGAUGCUGAUGGCAUCGAGAGAAGAGAGCAUUUGCAAAGUACACCCACAAUAACAGUGGGAACUGUGAUUGAAGAUGUCAAUACCAAAAUACUUAGUAGUGCUAACGGCAAAGCUGAUAUAUUCUUAGGAUCAGAAAACACCAUGAAUGGUCAUCAGACAUCUGUAACAGGAGGCAGUGAACCCAGGAGCAAUCACUUCUAUCCUCACAGUCCUCGAAAGCUUGGCACCUCAAGGCUCCCUUCAGGCCCACACACUGCUGCUCAUUCUCGGUUACAGAUUCCUAGAAAUAGUACAGCUAGCAUCCCACUGUCCAGACGCUUUGGAAAGAGGAGGAAAGUUUGGGGCAGGGGACAAUUUAUCAGUUCAUAUAGGACUCCAGUUCUCCGACGGCAUAGAUAUGGUUUUGUGAAGACAACAGUCAGGGAGUCUUCUAAAGAAAGCACCACUGCAUUUUCAGCUACACAGAUCAACGCAGUGUGUCCAUCCUGUUCUCCCAGAGAAGGGCUCACCACUGCUGCAGCUGCCUUGUCUUUCUCAAGUUCUUUCCCCACCACUCUCCCCAAAGCUGACAUUGCCAGAGUCGCAGCAGCAGAGUCUCUAACUCUAGUCCACAAUCCAUCAUUACUAUUUGAGAACAAACUAAAUGUAGAUAUAGAGAAAACAACACCCACAAUAAAAUAUUUCAGUGCUGAAAGUACCCAAGUAACUCCAAUUGGUACAGUCAUGACUUAUGCCUCAACAUCUGUAUCUAUGGAAAAAACUCACAUAAGAAAUACUGGUUCUCCAAGUGUGUCUAACAUCAGUGAAGCUGAAAGUGAUUCAAUGAUUAUAUCUCCACUUCCAGGUCCCACCACCAAGACAUCUCUGCCUACUACUAUAGCCAUUACAACAUUUUCAAGAAAGAAAAUUCCUUGGCAUCAGAUGUUUGGAAAUAACUAUAUCCAAACAGAGAGAUUAAAGAAUCAGCAUAAAUUUGGUUCACAAAAAAGCACAGCCACGGUGCUUCCUAAAAUAUCUACAGCUUUACCCACAGAUAAAGUUUCCCCCUUCCCCUUCACAAAACACUCAGCAAAUGUGGUGCAAAUUCCAUCUGUAACACUGGCUACAACUCACCACAGUAGCAUCGAAACACACAAUCCUAUGAGUCUUCCCACAGUGAAGGAGCUGCCUUUCCCACCACCUGUUUACCCUACACUUCCUGGUAUCUCAAGCAAGGAAUCAAGUACAAAUUUCAUAUCAAUGCAAACAGCCACACUGACAACUCCUCCUACUGCCCCUGCAUCUGUCAGUAUCAAUAAAACCCAAAUAGCCAGACCUAGGACACAAAAAGUACAACACAAAAAGGAGCCUCAGAAGAACAGGAAUGCCCCAAACAGUUUCCCCCACCAAAGUUCUGGCUUCAGUACAUCUACUGCUGCGAUACUUCCUGUUCCAAUUGCAGCAAGAACUUCAGCCAAGCCCAGUGUUUCUGCUUUCACUCAUCCCUCCCUAGAAAACACCAAAGGAAUUUCAAGCAUAAUUGAUCAUUAUCCAAGAACACAUAAUUGGACAGAUGUAAUUGAAGAACCACCCCAAGAGAGUACUCAGACUUUGAAGAGCACAACUGCUUCUGAAACCACUUUGUCUAGCAAACUACACCAGAGGACCACAACUAGAAACACAACCAUUAGACACUCAACUGUGCCACCAUUCCUGAGCAGUAGAGCUUCUCCAAUGCUAAUUCCCACCUCCCCUACCUUGAGUAAUCAAAACGCACUUACUGACAUCGUGGCAACUCCCAUUUUCCAGAUGACGACAAAUACGGCGGUCAAGCUGCAUGAACCCUCAAGGCACAAUGCUGAUCCACAGCAAUUGGCAGAAAAGGUUGCAGCAUCUUCCGAGGUUCAUCCAAAUGCCAAAUUCACAACUGGAACCACCUACUUUAUGUAUUCCAAUCUGUUACAUUCUACUCCUACGCCAGCACUAAUAACAGUCAAACCACUGAAUUCUAAAUGGACUCCUUCUCUCUGGUCAGGAAGCCACUUUUGGCACAAGUCAUACCCAGAAAUUGCUGAAAAAGGAAAAAAGCAAGGAAUGAGCAUGUUGCCCACUCCAGGCUUGCCAGAGGACGCCACUCAUGCUUCAAAUUGGGAUAUACAAAAGACUGCAAAGAAGAGUCAUUUUGAUAAGACACUGGUUCAAAAAAUAACUCCUGAACUCCUUCCUACCGAGCCUUUGUCUAGGAAUAUAUUUGAAAGGCCCAGAAUAGUUGGAGGAAAAGCAGCAAGUUUUACUAUUCCAGCUAACUCAGAUGCCUUUCUUCCUUGUGAGGCUGUUGGAAAUCCCCUGCCCACCAUCCACUGGACCAGAGUCUCAUCAGGACUUGAUUUGUCUAAAAGGAAACAGAAUAACAGAUUUCAGGUGCUCCCCAAUGGCACCCUGUCCAUACAGAGGGUGGACGUUCAGGACCGUGGACAGUACCUGUGCUCAGCAUCCAACCCAUUUGGCACAGAUCGCCUUCACAUCACCUUGUCCGUGGUUUCCUAUCCCCCUAGGAUCCUGGAGAGACAUACCAAAGAGAUCACAGUCCAUUCUGGAAGCACUGUGGAACUGAAGUGUAGAGUAGAAGGUAGGCCGAGCCCUACGAUUUCCUGGAUUCUCGCAAACCAAACAGUGGUCUCAGAGUCAUCCAAGGGGAAUAGGCAAGCCCGGGUGACAUCUGAUGGAACGUUGGUCAUCCAUAAUCUCAGUGUUUAUGACCGGGGCUUUUACAAAUGCAUGGCCUGGAACUCUGCUGGCCAGGAUUCACUGCUGGUUAAAAUUCAAGUCAUUGCAGCCCCACCUGUCAUUCUAGAGCAAAAGAGGCAAGUCAUUGCAGCGACUUGGGGUGAAAGUUUGAAACUGCCCUGCACUGCAAAAGGAACUCCUCAGCCCAGUGUUCACUGGGUUCUUUCUGAUGGCACCGAAGUGAAGCCAUUACAGUUUAUUGAUUCCAAGUUGUUCUUAUUUUCAAAUGGGACUCUGUACAUUAAAAACAUAGCCUCUUCAAACAGAGGCACUUAUGAGUGCAUCGCUACCAGCUCCACUGGCUCCGAGAGAAGGGUGGUAAUUAUUACAAUGGAAGAGCGAGAGACCAUCCCCAGGAUAGAAUUUGCAUCCCAGACAUGGAAUGAGGUGAAUUUUGGGGAGAAAUUACUACUGAACUGCUCAGCCAUUGGAGAACCCAAACCCCAAAUAAUUUGGAGGCUACCAUCCAAGGCUGUCGUCGACCAGUGGCACAGAAUGGGCAGCCGAAUCCAUGUCUAUCCCAACGGAUCUCUGUUUAUUGGAUCAAUAACAGAAAAAGAUGGUGGCAGCUACUUGUGUGUGGCAAGAAACAAAAUGGGGGAUGAUCUGAUACUGAUGCAUGUUAGCCUAAGACUAAAACCUGCCAAAAUUGACCAUGGGCAACAUUUUAAAAAGCAGGUGUUUCAUGGGAAAGAUUUCCAGGUUGAUUGCAAGGCUUCUGGCUCGCCAGUGCCCCAGAUAUCUUGGAGUUUGCCCGAUGGAACAAUGAUAAACAAUGCAAUGCAAGCCGAUGACAGUGGCAGCCAGAUUAAGAGAUACACGCUUUUUGACAAUGGAACCUUGUACUUCAACAAAGUGGGGAUAGCAGAGGAAGGAGAUUAUACUUGCUACGCCCAGAACACUCUAGGGAAGGAUGAAAUGAAGGUCCAUCUAACAGUAAUAACAGCGGCCCCACGGAUCAGGCAGGGUUACAGGGCUAACACGAGAAUCAAAGCUGGAGACACAGCCGUGCUGGACUGUGAGGUCACUGGAGAACCCAAACCAAAAACAUUUUGGCUGCUGCCUUCCAGUGACGUGAUUUCAUUCUCAAAAGAUAGGUACACAUUUCACGCCAAUGGGUCUUUGUCCAUCAACAAAGUCAAACUGCUCGAUUCUGGAGAGUAUGUGUGCGUGGCCCGAAAUCCCAGUGGGGAUGACACCAAAAUGUACAAACUGGAUGUUGUCUCGAAGCCUCCAUUAAUUAAUGGUUUGUAUACAAACAAAACUGUCAUUAAAGCCACAGCUGUGAGGCAUUCUAAAAAGCACUUUGAUUGUAGAGCUGAAGGGACACCAUCUCCUCAAAUCAUGUGGAUCAUGCCAGACAAUAUUUUCCUCACAGCCCCAUACUAUGGAAGCAGAAUCACAGUCCAUAAAAACGGAACCUUGGAAAUUAGGAAUGUGAGGCUUUCAGAUUCAGCGGAUUUUAUCUGUGUGGCUCGGAAUGAAGGAGGUGAGAGCGUGCUGGUGGUACGGUUGGAAGUACUGGAAAUGCUGAGAAGACCGACGUUCACAAAUCCAUUUAAUGAAAAAGUAGUUGUCCAGCUCGGAAAGUCCACAGCAUUAAAUUGCUCUGUUGAUGGAAACCCACCACCUGAAAUAAUCUGGAUUUUACCAAAUGGCACCCGAUUUCCCAAUGGACCACAAAAUUCUCAGUAUCUGAUAGCAAGCAAUGACUCUUUUAUCAUUUACAAGACAACUCGGGACGACGCAGGAAAAUAUCGGUGUGGGGCAAGAAAUAAAGUUGGCUAUAUUGAGAAAUUAAUUGUAUUAGAAAUUGGUCAGAAGCCAGUUAUUCUUACUUAUGCGUUAGGAACAGUUUACUGUAUCAGUGGAGAAUCUCUGUCAUUGCAUUGUGUGUCGAAUGGAAGCCCUAAGCCAAAUAUCAAGUGGACUAUGCCAAGUGGUUUUAUAGUAGAUAGGCCUCAAAUUAGUGGAAAAUACAUAUUGUAUGAAAAUGGGACCUUAGUCAUCAAAGAAGCAACAGCUUAUGACAGAGGAAACUAUAUUUGUAAGGCUCAAAAUAGCAUUGGCCAUGCACUGAUUACUGUUCCAGUAAUGGUUGUAGCCUACCCACCCCGAAUUAUAAAUCGCCCACCCAGGAGCGUCCUCACAAGGACAGGGGCGGCUGUUCAGCUCCACUGCGUGGCCCUCGGGGUUCCCAAGCCGGAAGUCACAUGGGAGAUGCCUGACCACUCCGUGCUCUCAAUGGCAAAUAAAGGGAGGACAUACGGAAUUGGGCCUUUUCACCCGCAAGGUACCCUAGUCAUUCAGAACCCUCAAACCUCAGAUUCUGGGAUAUACAAAUGCACAGCAAAGAAUCCACUUGGUAGUGAUUCUGCAACAACUUAUAUUCAAGUAAUCUGACAUGAAAUAAAAUAAAAUUGAACAAAAUCAACAUCUGGACAGUUUAUUUUUUGGAAGAAAUUUAAUCAAAGGCAGCCAUAGGCAUGUAAAUGAAUUUGAAUACAUUUACAAUAUUAAAUUUAUAAUGGACAUGCAAAAAAAAAAAAAAGACUUGUAAAUAAAUGCAUUAUGAACCGA